AUGGAAACGCUUGCUAACACUGCCGGUAGAUUGCGUCCAGGAAACGACAAACUACGACCGUUUAUUCCUCUCGUAUUGGGAAACAAACGCUCUAAUAACACACACGUUGAAUUAGGUAGUCUACCAGCCUGGGUCACAACCGUCAGAAAAAGCCCUUUUGUGAAACAACACAGGAAGAAUACCCGUGCGCCCAACUCAAGAAUAGACAUGAAUCCAAAUGAAUUUGUGGGGCAUCCCAGCAGUAAAUCCAAAUCAUUACAAUUCAGUGCCAGGAACCCUCAAGGCCUGCAGACAGAGAGUGUGACUCUGGCCCAGCAGGGCAACGUGAUGGAAGACAUGCUGCAAAAGCUGAAAGAAAGCAUGAAAAAGGAGAAAGGCGAGAGGGGGCAUCCAGGAAUUCUUCAGUGGAAGGCAGGACAAUCAAUAAACAGCUGUGCUCCAAUGCCCAACCCUAAGAAACCACAAAAGCAGCUGUCAGCAGGCAAGGUGAAGAUUCGUGUGCUGAAGGAUGAACCUUUAACAGCUCCACCUCAUCUACCCUUGUGUGAAACCUGCUGCUGUCCUCAGCCACCAAGACAAAACAAGAUGAGGGGACCAAACUUUGGACAAGGUGAUGCGGCAACUGAUAGACAGAUGUUUGCUGGGGAUUGUGGACAAGACAGAAGGGCGGCGAUGACUAAGAAGGAACAGAAUGUUCAAAAGUCUUUUCAAGAUUCCCUUCUUGGUGGAGACUAUGAUGAGGAGGAGUCUGCGAGAUCUUUCCAAGAAGCUCUCAAACAGUGGCGACAAGAGAGAAGUGUUGGUCCCGAAGAACAAGCAACUAUGUGGACACAAACAGCAUCAAAGUCAGGUGUAGCUACUCAGACCGGCUUUCCUCCAGAGCGAGACCAUGAAAGACGAGGCGCAGGAUGGGGAAAUGGCAAGGUGCCGAUCAAGGUGGAGUUCCAUGAGAGCAGACUCACCUACAUGGACAGGUUGCUUCUCAAAAAGCACCGCAGGUCUACCGGAGCUCAGCGUGAUAAGUGUAAUGACCGUAGAUCGACCAAUGACUGCAUGAGCAGAGACUGAGAUGCCAGGCAGGAACAGAAUAGGCCGGUAUGUGUAUAUUCAGAGAGCAUGCAAGAAGAAAUGUGAGUCUCAGAAGAAUAUAUGCCAACUCAGGUGAUGAAAGGAAUGACUCUAAAAUUGAGACGUUUGACAUGAUUCCUAAACAGAUUGUGUGAUUAAUGUUAUCAUCUAUGUAAAUGCAGCCUUUACCUCACAAACAUUAUUUAAAAUAAAUCUUACAAUAGUUAAAUAUUUGAUCUAACGUGUGCCAUUAUUUUACCAUUGCUUUUUACUAAAUGCAGA